GUUGUCUCCUGUUUCUCUGACUGCAACAGAGUAAGAAGAAGAAGUGUCACGUUGCGGCGAAAACAGGUAGCGCUGAUCCAGCUGCAGUCUAAGCAGUUUGUCUACAGAAUAAGCGAGUGAAGGAAAAAUGGGGCGCUCAUCCAAAGACAAACGCGAUAUAUACUACAGGCUGGCGAAGGAGGAGGGCUGGAGAGCGAGAAGUGCCUUCAAACUCCUGCAGCUGGAUGAGGAGUUCAACCUUUUUAAAGGUGUUAGUCGUGCUGUGGAUCUGUGUGCGGCACCUGGCAGCUGGAGUCAAGUUCUGAGCCGCAAACUCCGUGGAAAAGACAAGAGUGAAGAGGUCAAGAUUGUGGCAGUUGACCUUCAAGCAAUGGCCCCUUUGCCAGGUGUCACACAAAUUCAAGGAGACAUCACCAAGAUUUCUACAGCGCAGGAGAUUAUUCGACAUUUUGAAGGACAGUCAGCAGACUUGGUUGUGUGUGAUGGCGCCCCUGAUGUUACAGGUCUUCAUGAUGUAGAUGAAUACAUUCAGGCACAGCUCCUUUUGGCGGCUCUCAAUAUCACCACACAUGUUCUCAAACCAGGUGGCAACUUUGUUGCGAAAAUCUUCAGGGGAAAAGAUGUGACGCUGCUGUACUCCCAGCUCAAGAUCUUCUUCAGCUCUGUAACCUGUGCCAAACCACGCAGCAGCCGCAACUCUAGCAUAGAGGCAUUUGUGGUGUGUCAGAAUUACUCUCCACCUGAAGGUUAUGUCCCCAACAUGUCCAACCCUUUACUGGAUCACUCUUAUGAUGUCGACUUCAACCAGCUAGAGGGGCCAAACCGAAUAAUAGUUCCUUUCCUUGCUUGUGGAGAUCUUAGUGCCUUUGAUUCAGACAGAACGUACCCGCUUCAGCUUGAUUCUAGUAAAGAAUACCAGUAUUUACCACCCACCCAACCUCCAAUUCGGCCACCGUACCAGCAAGCCUGUCAGCUCCGCAAGAAUAACUUGUUAGCCAAAGAGGACUCGCCUUCUGGCGCACUUGAUGAUACCCUCUCUGCUUUAGAUCUCAACAAAAGUCCAGACACAAACACGGUCACACCAGGAACCUCUGAUUAAUGGACAUUACUGAUUUGUACAGCUUCUGUUAAAAUAGUUUCAUUGUUUUAUCAUGAUUGAUCAACAUUUAUUUUUAGAGAUACUCU